AUGAUGGAUCCAGUGGUAGAAAAAACGUUAGUCAACAAGGAAAACGUCGCAGAAAACGCGUCGAAAAACGAGCAAAGCGAUCUGACUUUAAACAGUGAACCUGCUUCACUCUCUUCCACACUCUCUUCGAAAGGUAAGAAAAAGGCUGUCAAGAGAGCUAAGAAGAAGGCUGCCAAAAAGAGGAAGCACGCUGCAGCCGCAGUUGCUGGUGCUGACGCUGAUGGAACUCCUUCUGAACAUCACCCUCCUUCUACUGCAGGAACAGAAUCCAUUCCUGAAACCGAAGUUGACGGUGAGGAAGAUGAAGAUGAAGAAGAUGAACCUGUCUCUACUCCCAGAGCCUCUAACGAAGAGGCCGAUGCUGCUGCUGCUCUCACUCCUUCGAGCGCCCAUGGGGCUGCCGUAGACAUUGGCAGCAGCGACGAUAACAGCUUACACAGUGAAGAUCGUAAAACUGUUUUUACGGAAGCACCUAGUGCUGCUGAAGACAAUGUAGAGAUGAUUGACUUCUUUCCCAAACAAAACAAAGAAUCGCAAAGUCAAGAGAUGAACGGUAUUCAGUCCGGUACUCCCAGAGCAGAAACUAGCACAAAAAGUGAAGUUUCUUCUCCCCAAACUAGCAGUGGUGUUAAGCAUGUCGAUACCACCAAGGAUAACUAUUCUUCCGUCUCUGGCAACAAGUCUAAUGAGAACGAUGAAUCCUUGGUUUCCAAAGAACAGAACCAAAAGACCGGACGCGAGUACGCUCCUGUCAGCUCUGUAAACGAUACUAGCUCCAAGACAUUUGCUGGUAACGCUGCCUCUUCCUCCGAAAUUGGUGAUGCCUCUGCUGUGCCCGUGAGCGCUUUCUCUACUGGCUUCUCCACGACCGAGCACAUUGAUGCUGGCGUGCAACAGGAAAUUGCUUUUGAGGAUGCUCAAGACUUUUCCUACCACGACCCUAAUGUCCCUCACACCACAAGCGUCACCACUGAGGGUGUCUCUCGCGUUCCUUCUACUGCUGCUCACAGUGCCAGUACUAGCAAGUACGCCGAAGAUACUAAUGAAGGUGUUAUGAUGCCUGGUAGUUUGGCCUCUCCUGCUGAUAACAACAAUGAGUACCCUGACGUCUCUGGACAAUCCUUCCCCACCAAGGAGUCUGGUGAUUCUUCCAAGCCCGUCGACGCUGCUACCGGUUCCGCUGGAGCUCCCAAGUAUUCCGCUGGCCCUGCCGAUGCCGGUGCUACUGGUGCCGACGCCAAGCAAGCUCCUCAGUCUGCCGUUAACAAGGCCGAGGCUUUGGCUUCCAACAAGGCCCAUGCUGCUCAACAUACAAAGGACGAGACCCUUGGUAAGUCUCCCUCUAAAGAUGCUAAGGACGCUAAGGACACUGCCAAGGAUGCUCAAAAGUCUCCCGCUAAGGAUGCCAAGGAUGCUAAGGACACUGCCAAGGAUGCUCAAAAGUCUCCCUCUAAGGAUGCUAAGGAUGCUAAGGACACUGCCAAGGAUGCUCAAAAGUCUCCCUCUAAGGAUGCUAAGGAUGCUAAGGACACUGCCAAGAAAGCUGAAAGCGGUCUUGGCCAUUCCAAGUCUACUGCAUCCAAGCCCCCCAAGGAGGCUGGAGCUGCUGCUGGUACCGGUGCUGGAGCUGGAGCUGGAGCUGAACGUUCGGAAGCCGAGGCAUCUUCCGCUGCCAAGCCCACCACUGGCCCUGCCGGUACUGAAGCUAAAGAGGCCGAGAACAAAGCUAAGGAUGCCACGGACUCUCCUCCUAAGAAGGGUAUCUUCAAGCGUUUGAAGAAAGCCAUCCGUAAUGUAUUCCACUAA